AUGGAAUCAUCAUUCGGCGACAAUACGUCUACAGAUUUACUACCAACAGCUACACCAAGUUUGACCAGUGUGCGGAAUAUCGUUCUCCCAAAGAAAUUCACAAAAGUAAAGCACCUUAGACCAACAAUACAUUUAGAUGCUGACGAUACUUUGGUAAAAUUUGGUGAGAAAAUACGAGAUCGAUGGCUUAUCAAAGGAUUAAUUGGUAGCGGAGGAUAUGGAGAAAUAUAUUACGCAUCAGAUUUAAAAAUGAAUAGCGAAUCAGUAGCUGUUAAAGUGGAACCCGUGAUUAGGAAAGGGAAAAUAGCUAAACGAAUGAUUCUGGAGCAAAAAAUAAUGUUACGUCUACAAGGCCAACCGCAUGCACCUCUGAUGUGGGGUUCCGGAACGGAACGUGGCCUAAAUUAUAUCGUGAUGCAAUUACUCUCAACGAAUGUUGCGGAUCUUCGAAAGCAGUGUCCCUUGCAACGAUUAUCAAAAGCUACCUCAGGUCGAAUCAUGCAACAGGCAAUAGCUGGUCUUCGUGACAUCCAUAAAGUGGGAUACAUUCACAGAGAUGUAAAACCGGCCAAUAUGUGUUUUGGUCUGACCGAAAAAAGCAGUAGGCGACUGAUCAUUGUGGAUUAUGGUUUGGCGAGAAAGUUUCGGCAGUCAGAUGGAAAACCAAUAGAGAAAAGAAAACGAGCUGGUUUCCGUGGAACAUUGCGCUACGUGUCAAUGCGUGUACAUGAUCGAAAGGAGCAGGGACCAUCAGACGACCUGAUCGCACUUUUUUUCACACUUAUCGAAAUACUUAAAGGAGAAUUACCUUGGAGGAAUGAGAAAAGUGAUGAAAAAAUGAAAAGCGCUAAAAUGGAGUUGGUGAAAGAUGAUUUCGUGAAAAUAUCCGAAAACUUUGGGUCUAGCCUGCGUGAAUACGGUCGAGCAGUAAUGACAUUAGCUGUAGAUGCUGAACCUAAUUAUACAUUUUUAAUUUCAACCAUGAAGAAUUUGGCUGGCAAUCGACCUUUAAACGAUCCAUAUGAUUGGGAAAAUGAUUAUCUGGAAGUGUUAAACGAAUAUAAAUAA